GAUGGAGGACAACACCGAAAAAACGGCAAAUGCCACCACAAAUAAUGAAAUGACAUCAAAAGAUUAUUACUUUGACUCUUAUGCCCAUUUCGGCAUUCAUGAGGAAAUGUUGAAGGAUCACGUUCGCACAAAUACAUAUAGACUGUCCAUGGUGCAUAACAGACAUUUAUUUAAAGAUAAGGUUGUCUUGGAUAUUGGAUGUGGUACAGGCAUUCUGAGUAUAUUUGCUGUUCAGGCUGGAGCUAAAAAAGUAAUAGGGAUUGAUUCUUCCAAAGUCAUUGAAUCUGCUAGGGAAAUUAUUCGCACGAAUAAAUAUGAUGAUAAGAUUAUUCUGAUAAAAGGGAAAGUAGAGGAGGUUGAGCUCCCUGAGGAGUUUCCAGCUGUUGACAUUAUUGUUAGUGAAUGGAUGGGCUAUUCCCUCUUUUACGAAUCCAUGAUUAACACUGUUAUUUUUGCUCGAGACAAGUGGCUGAAACCCGACGGCUUAAUGUUUCCCGAUAAAGCCAAUUUGUACAUUACUGCUAUUGAAGAUCAUGACUAUAAGAAUGAGAAAAUUAAUUGGUGGGGUGACGUCUAUGGAUUGGACAUGUCAUGUGUUAGGAAAUUAGCCAUAGGGGAACCACUGGUUGAUAACGUUGAUACAAAACAAGUUGUGUCUAAUUCUUGCCUUGUGAAAGAGGUUAACAUGCACACCAUCACAACAAAAGAUUUGGAUUUUACCUCCCAUUUUAUGGUAACUGCUAGAAGAAAUGAUCAUAUCCAUGCUCUUGUCACAUUUUUUGUGAUCGAUUUCUCUCAUUGUCACAAGAAAAUCAGAUUUACAACAUCUCCCGAAUCCAAACAUUCGACUCAUUGGAAGCAAACCAUUUUCUACUUAGACGAUACCAUCACAAUAAACGAAGGAGAAGAGCUUUAUGGUACACUCCAUGUUAAACCUAACCAGACUAACUAUCGAGAUCUCGAUUUUCGCCUUACUGUGGAUUUUGAAGGAAAAUUGUCGUCACUGAAAACAACUCAGGAGUAUAGAAUGCGUUAA